ACACCAUUCACGUGUGCCUUGGAGGGCGGGGGGAGAGAGACACGGUCAGCAUGACGACACAUCUGUAGAUGCGUCAAUAAUAAAUAAAUCACAUUUAUACUGGAACGACUGCUUUAGCAGCGCGGAGGGGAGCGCGCCAGUGAAUGCAGCCGCGCGACAGAAAGAAAAAUAAAACAACAAGCGAUCGAGAACAAUGGUUUCCACGGCGUCUGUGUCUGCAUGAAACACGCAAAUCGGAACGACUAGAAGGCAGACGGAAUAACUAUUGGUACGGGGACGGAGGGAGGGAAAGGGGGAGCAGGAAGGGGUCGGAGCGAAAGACAUCAAGAUUAAACAAACCGUGAGCGGGAGAAUCGGGGGUACAACCGAACGAAUUCGAAGUAUUGCUGUCCAUACAACAAGAAAUCGAGGAGGAGGAAAAGAUAAACGAAGAAGCAUUCGCGCUUAAAAUAAAUAAAUAAUCGAAGUAAGCGUCAUCCGCAGUGUGUGCACCUCUCUCCUUGCAUCACCUGAACACCCGAGACAAGCGGCAGACAGAGGGGAAGAAGAGAAAAGAGAGAGAGGACAGGAAUAUAUACAUCUCUGUUUUGUGUCACGGCGAGGUUUCUUUCCGCGGGCCGGUAUUUGGAGAAUGAAUCAGCCUGUGCCUCGUUCGCGGUACAUCCUUCUAUAGCUGCUACCGCACAUCAAUCCAUCCAUCCAGAGUCAUAUCUCAACUUCUCUUCUAUCCAAUCCUUUCAAGUUAUUCCAAGGUUAUUUUUAUGCUGUUGACAUCUUAAAUAAAAACGAACUGCUUCCAUCCCGCUCCCACCAUCUACGGAAACUGCCCUCCCUCUUUACGUGCCGCGCCAGCUGCAGCCAUGGAGACUACGAAGCUGCCUCCGUCUAGUCCCUCUUCACCGACCACCGGUUUCUCGGUGCCGAGUGCGGAGAAAGUGGAUGGGUUUCCGCGGCGGUCGAUGCGUCGCGCCCGGCAGCGCCGCUCUCACAGCUCCUCGCAAUUCCGUUAUCAAAGUUCCCAGGUGGAGCUGACGCCACUGCCGCUACUCAAAGAUGUCCCUGUGGCAGAGCUCCACGACCUCUUCUGCAAGAAGCUUCAGCAGUGCUGCGUGCUCUUCGACUUCCUCGACUGCGUUGCUGACCUCAAGGGCAAGGAGAUCAAGAGGGCGGCGCUCAACGAGCUGGUGGAGGGCGUGGCCACCAGCCGGGGCGUCCUCAUCGAGCCGCUGUACCCUGAGGCCAUCAAGAUGAUCUCUGUGAACAUCUUUCGGACUCUGCCACCCAGCGAGAAUCCUGAGUUUGACCCUGAAGAGGACGAGCCCACACUGGAGGCAUCCUGGCCUCACCUGCAGCUGGUGUACGAGUUCUUCCUGCGUUUUCUGGAGAGCCCAGACUUCCAGCCCUCCAUGGCCAAACGCUACCUGGACCAGAAGUUUGUUCUGCAGCUGCUGGAGCUGUUUGACAGUGAGGACCCGCGGGAGAGGGAGUACCUGAAGACCAUCCUGCACCGUGUCUACGGCAAACUGCUGGGGCUGCGGGCCUAUAUCCGCAAGCAGAUCAACAACAUCUUCCUCAGGUUCAUCUAUGAAACUGAGCACUUCAAUGGAGUUGCUGAACUCCUGGAGAUACUGGGCAGCAUCAUCAAUGGCUUUGCUCUGCCUCUGAAGUCGGAGCACAAACAGUUCCUGGUCCGAGUGCUGAUACCCCUCCACACUGCCAGGUCCCUGUCCAUCUUCCACGCACAGCUGGCGUAUUGUGUGGUGCAGUUCAUGGAGAAGGAUGCCACGGUCACAGAAUAUAUAAUCCGCGGCUUGUUGAAGUACUGGCCGAAGACUUGCACCCAGAAAGAGGUGAUGUUCCUGGGGGAGAUGGAGGAGAUCCUUGAUGUGAUUGAACCUUCACAGUUCCUCCGUGUCCAGGAGCCGCUCUUCAAACAGAUCGCGGCCUGCAUCUCAAGCCCCCACUUCCAGGUUGCGGAGCGGGCUCUGUAUUUCUGGAAUAAUGAGUACAUCCUGAGUCUGAUUGAGGAGAACUGCCAGGUCAUCCUGCCCCUGGUCUUCGCCACGCUCUACAGAGUGUCCAAAGAGCACUGGAACCAGACCAUUGUGUCCCUCAUCUACAAUGUGCUGAAGACCUUCAUGGAGAUGAACAGCAAGCUCUUCGAUGACCUCACUGCCUCUUACAAAGUGGAGAAACAGAAGGAGCUGAAACGAGAGCGAGAGAGGGCGGAGCUUUGGCGGGGGCUGGACGAGCUGCAGGAGAGGAGGCUGCAAAGCCUGGAGGAGGCCAGCCUCAAUCAAAAGAACCUUCAGGACCGGCCCGCCCCGGCCCAGCCCGAGCCAGCACAGCCCGAGCCGGCACCCAGUAGCACCAGCGCCACCUAGAGCACCAAACCCAGACCCACACAGCACUGACACGCCGAGCUCAGAGUCUAAGUCCCGAGAACAACUGCACACACACACACUGACAUGCUGAAACAGUCACUCUGAGUCACUCACACUGACACCCUCAGACACACUCACUGACACACACUGAUACUCAUACAUUGACACACUGAGCUCAAAGUCUAAGCCCAGAAAAUAACUACAGGCCUACACACUCACAUUGACACAUUCACAAUGCCACACUGACAAUGACACACUCACGCUGAUACUCUAACUUAUUCAAACACCAACAUACUUACACAGACACACACAGAUACACAGGCAUGCACACAGAUUCUGAUACUGAUAUAGGGACAUGCACACAUACACACAAACACACACACAUACACACAUAUGUACACAUAAAUGCAGAAGCA